AUGUCCGAUUACGAGGAUGAAAUGGACGUGGACGGUCCUGGUCCAUCCGCCGAUAUCACAUUCUCGGCCGAGGCGACAAAGGGCAAGCGGAGUGCUGCCAAUUUGCCAGUCGAAGCUGAAGACACACUGCCAUGGGUUGAAAAGUACCGACCAGUAACGCUCGACGAUGUGUCCGGCCACCAGGACAUCCUAGCCACCAUCAACAAGUUUGUCGAGUCGAACCGCCUCCCCCACCUGCUUCUCUACGGACCUCCCGGCACGGGCAAGACAUCUACGAUAUUGGCCCUGGCGCGGCGCAUCUACGGCACCGCCAACAUGCGGCAGAUGGUGCUGGAACUGAACGCCUCGGACGACAGAGGCAUCGACGUGGUGCGGGAGCAGAUCAAGACGUUUGCCAGCACAAAACAGAUCUUUACAAUGGGCGGUGGCGCGGCCAAGGGCAAUUCGAUUGCGGGAUUCAAGCUCAUUAUUCUGGACGAGGCGGAUGCCAUGACGAAUACCGCGCAGAUGGCGCUGCGAAGAAUCAUGGAGAAGUACACGGCGAACACGCGGUUCUGCAUCAUUGCCAACUACGCCCACAAGCUCAGCCCCGCGCUGCUGUCUCGUUGUACGAGGUUCCGUUUUAGUCCGUUGAAGGAAGGUGAUAUCAGAGUGCUGGUGGAGAAGGUGGUGGAGGAGGAGGGUGUCAAGAUCCAGGGCGAGGCUGUGGAUGCGUUGGUAAAGCUGAGCAAGGGCGACAUGCGACGGGCAUUGAACGUGCUCCAGGCUUGUCAUGCGUCAAGCACGCCACUGAGGCUCAAGAACGAGCCCAAGCCGCCGGAAAGCGAGAUUCAGCGCGAGACGAUUACGACUGAGACGAUUUACAACUGCAUCGCGGCGCCGCAGCCAGAUGCCAUCAAGGAGAUUAUGGAGACGCUCCUGAGCACGCCGGACGUGACGAGCUGUCUCAACACCAUCAACGCGCUGAAGACGACGCAAGGCUUGGCGCUGGCGGACAUCAUCACGGCGCUGAUGGAGCAGCUGACGAAGCUCGAGGUGAGCGCGGAGGCCAUGAUCACCUGGCUGGAGGGGCUGGCGGAGAUUGAGCACCGCGUUGCUGGAGGAGGCAGCGAGAUGGUGCAGACGGGGGCGGUCGUGGGCGUGAUACGAGGAGGGGUGGAAUUGAUGAGCAAGUGA